ACCUAGAGGCUCAGACAAGGAUUCUGAGAUAGGGCCUCCACCAUGGUCUCUCGGCAAGCCCAAGAUGAGUGCAAUCCCCUUUUAAAGCAGAAGGACGCUCUCAGUGGGCCGGCCCCAUCACCCUUUGAGGGCAGAAAGGCUGCCUGUCUGGCGGUGCUACUGGUGGAGAUCCUGGAGCGAGCAGCUUUCUUUGGUAUUGUCUCCAACCUUGUCUUGUACCUCAACAGCAGCACCUUUAACUGGGGUGGCUCUCAGGCUUCUCAGGCAGCUUUGAUCUUCAUAGGCGCCUCCUACCUGCUCUCCCCCAUCGGGGGCUGGCUGGCAGAUGCUUACCUAGGCUGCUACUGGACUAUUGUGUUCAGCUUCCUGCUCUACCUUCUCUCAGCAUGCCUGUUGCCCACCCUGGCCUCACAGGAGGGGCGCCUCUGGUUGUGUGGAGAGAUGCCAGCAUACCCACUACAGCCCUCGUGCCAAGGUCAUAUCUCAGGGUGUGAGCAAGAGCUGCCAAGUCCAUACUGUGCACCUCUCCUGUAUACCGGUCUACUGAUCCUGGCCCUUGGCAUCAGCUCCGUCAAAGCCAACCUCACUCCAUUUGGUGCCGAUCAGGUGACUGACCUUGGCCGGGAUGCUACCCGGCGUUUCUUCAACUGGUUUUACUGGAGCAUUAACAUUGGGGCUGUGCUUUCACUGCUGGUGAUUGCCUUCAUCCAACAGAAUGUGGGCUUCCUGAUUGGCUACGCCAUUCCUGCUGUCUGCCUGGCCCUGGCCCUUGUAAUCUUCCUCCUGGCUGCCCCCAUCUUUGUCACAAAGCCCGCUGCUGGCAGUCAAGUCCCCACCAUGUUCCAUUUGGCUUUCCAGAACAGCUGUUGUGGCAAAGCGCUACAGAAGGUGACCACAAAAAUCAGGGCAAGCAAUCCCCUGUUAGAAGACGAAGGGCCCAAUCCCCUUUCAGGGGGAAGGAACCAGCCUACAGGGUUGUCACAUGAACACACCUCCAACCUCCAAGUGAUGGCAAAGAUCCUGCCAGUUCUGCUCACUCUCAUCCCAUACUGGAUGGUUUACUUCCAGAUGCAGUCAACCUACUAUCUGCAGGGCCUCCAUCUCUCCAUCCCCAACAUCUUUCACAAUAAUCAUAUGAACAACAGUGCAUUCUCCGCAGCCAUAGAUACUGGCUAUACGCUCCCAGGUGCCUGGCUCCUUUUAGCCAAUAUAGUGGUUCUGCUGAUCCUCAUUCCAUUGAUGGACCGGGUGGUAGACCCAUUCCUAGCAAAGAAGCAGCUGCUGCCAUCAGCAUUGAGGAGGAUGGCUCUAGGCAUGUUCUUUGGCCUUGGCUCGGUCCUGUUAGCAGGCUUUCUGGAGACUAAGCGGCUGCAAUAUGUGAACAACAAUCACACAAUCACACAACAAAUUGGGAAAGAUGAAUACUUUGCAGCCCCACUCUCCAUCUUCUGGCAAAUUCCUCAGUAUUUACUCAUUGGAAUCAGUGAAAUCUUUGCCAGCAUUCCAGGGCUGGAGUUUGCCUAUUCUGAAGCUCCCAGAUCCAUGCAAGGAGCGAUCAUGGGUCUUUUCUUCUUCAUAUCUGGAGUUGGAUCCCUUUUAGGAUCUGGCCUCCUGACUUUACUCUCCCUGCCAGCCACUGGUUGGAUGCACUGCCCAGAAGAUUUCGGAAACAUCAACAAAUGUCGGAUGGAUUACUAUUUCUUCCUCCUAGGUGGGAUUCAGGCAGUAACGUGUAUCCUCUUUAUCUGGAUCUCCAUCCACUAUGAGCGUCAACAGCGAUCCCCCAGCUGAGAGAACAACUGAUAGUAUUUUUCAGGUCUGCAAGAAGGCACCUGUGCACUCGAGUUCUCAACAUGCUGUUCAGUGCCAUGGCUGUUGCAGAGAGUUAACUGAUUCAAAUGUUGUGGAGGCUAUAUUAAAACAUUAGAGGAAGUAAUCCAGAAGACUACCAACCAUGGCAGCUAAUCAGGAUACUAAGAACUACAGCUUCUUAUCUGAGGUGUUAUUAACAUUUUCCAGACACUGAAUGUGAAUAAUGGAGUUAUGGGGAGUUUGAAGCUAACAUUACCCUAGGGUAUUAGGUACUUAUGUAAAUUAAAUAGAUCAUCCCUAAUCCAGCAAAACUGGCCCUGUCCCUGUCCCUCUUAGUAUUUACAAUCCCCUUUGAGCUGAACCAUCUUCUGAGGAGGCAAAAUUAAAUCCUCAAAAAAAGGAGAAUGUCAUGCAUACUGUACAUACCUGCAUAUAGACAUACA